GGCGCAGGCGCAGCAAAGGGUUCCCUGGGCCCCAGGAUCCAGCUUUGGGAAGCUGGGUUUGUGUCCCAGACUCUGCCUCGGAGGAAAGCCAUGGACGGGGAAAGAUUAAGAAACUUCAAAGAGCUCCAAGCUAAAUUUCAAAAGCUUGAUGUGUCAUCCCUUCCAGGACCUAUUAAAUCCCUAGCAGGUGUUUCUCCUAAGGGUGACAUUGGAAGCACACAGUCAACGACGGUUUGGGCCAAUGGGAAACCCUUCUCAUCCAACCAUAAUCAGCCCCCACCAUAUUGUUCCAAUGGUGAACCCCAGUCUCUUGAACCCCAGAAAAUGAAGUCAGCACCAAGGAGUGAUAUUCAGAAAUGUUCUAAUUCCCUGGGAGCUCCAGGAAGGUCUACUCAUUCUGCAGAAAAUUCACAGAAGGCUUCUCUGCCUUUACAUGUGAAUCAGUCAAAUGCUAAGGUAACUGAUAAGAAGAAAGAGGUGGCCAGUACCUUCAGAGACAAGCUCCAGAACUGGGAGAAGGUUUCAUCUCAGAAAAGUGACAUGUCAUCAGCCCUUCGCCUCGCCAGUUGUGGAAGUGGGGCUCUCCAUCCGGAAGAUCAGAAAAGCACAGGGCUCACUACUCCAGAGGAGACCAGGAAACAGCUUGAAAUAAAAGGCUCCCAGACUCUUCCUUCCCAGAGGCACUUGAUGGCCCAAAGAAAAUCACAUGUCACCUCAGAAGAUCCCACAUUUCUGCUUUCUCAACAUGGAAGGAAGAGCCUAGGAAAGGCCAGUCCUGAGAGGAGCCCAGCGGGGAGCACCUGCCAGCCUAUCUAUGAGAGUGAGCUUGCCAGCCGGGCCCCAGGCCAUAAAAUGGAAACAACUGACAACCUACAUUGUGGCUUUUUGUGCUCAGAAAAAGACCCAGAUGUCAAGCAUCACCAGCUUCCCAAAACGAAACCACUGCCUUCCGUGGAGUCCCUGGGUCCUCCUCCCGUGAAGCCACCGAAGCCUCCAGUAGUGAGCCUCUGGGCCUUCCUAAGGCGGACAGCUGCGGUUCCCAAGACCCCCAGGCAAGCAGCUGUGAAGGAAGGCUACCUGCCUCCAGAGAGUGCUGAAGUUGAAGAACCACAUAAUUAUGAGGCAAUAAUUCCAUAUCUGAGACAUUCUGGCAACUCCAUUAACCUGCGCACUGCAAAAGAAAUCGCUGGUUCAACUUAUGAAGUUGGAAUUGAAGAACUCCAAAAGCCUUGGAAGAGUUUCCUCCACCAAGAACAUAGCCCUCAACAUGAAGAUCAAGAUAAAAAAAUAAAGGAAAAAGAGCCGCAUGAAUUGGAACCUCAGAAAACAGAAAAGGAUCUACAUCCAGACCUUAUGUGCAAGGUGGGUUCCUAUGAAGAGACGUGUGGAAAAGUCCCAGUGAUGAAAGUUCAGAGACAUAUGAAGAGAAUGCUGGCCAGAGAGCAGGAUGCUGUGAUUGACAGCAUCCAGACAGAGGCCUGCCCUCAGGACCCAAAGCUGGCCAGGCACUCCCAAGGCCAAUGUGGGUAUGUGGAGGCCUUGGAGGUGACUAAAGAAGCACCAGGCCAAGGGGCCUUUAGGCCACAAUCCAUCUCAGAAGAGACCUACGAUGAUGUUGAGUGCCCUGGGAGGAAGGAAUCAAAGUCGGACUUCUCCAACUCAUUUGCCUCAGAUAGUGAAGAAAAUAGUAACGAAAUGUAUGAAGAUGUAUACAAAACAAAGAGCAACUCCACAAACAUAGAUUUAGAUGGCAAAGCACUUAAGAGACUACAAAGAUUCUUCAAGAAAGAAAAGGAUAGAUUUAAGAUGAAGACAACCAAGUUGAAAGAAAAUGUAAGUGCGUUUUCCAUUUCGCUGCCGGAUUUAGAACUUAGGUCCCAGGAAGUUAUUAUGCAUGCUGACGUGACCAUCAAUGAAAAAGAGUCAAAGGAUGAAGAUAAAGUAAAAACUUGGAAACCCAAGUUUUUUAAGCCAAAGGGGGAAAAAGAGAAGAAAGAUGCUCAAGGAUCAGAAAGUCUAUCGCCUAGAAAUUUCUUCAGAACCAAGAAGCAAAACUUAGAAAAGAGAAUGGAAAGAGAAAAGCUUUUUAGAGAAAGAUUUGAGUAUGAUAAAGAGAUUACUGUCAUCAACACAGCAGUGGCGUGUUCCAGGAAUUCAAGAAAUGGGAUCUUUGAUUUGCGAAUAACCCCUGGAGAAGAACUGGACGUCAUUGAUGUCACUGAAGAAAAUCUAGUGAUAUGCCGCAAUUCUAAAGGCAAAUGUAAGUUACUGGCUCAUUGCCCCCAAAAUUUCACUGUUUUAAAAAAAAAAAUCUCAAAGCAUUCUCUCUAUAACUUAGAUUUUUGUUUCUAUAGAUGGAUAUGUGCUAAUUGAACAUCUAGAUUUCAAGUAAGUGGUUUGAUUUUGUACUUCAAAUAAUGAAUUCUAAACACUUACCACAUUGUUGUAUACAUUCAUUUCAAGGAAAUACUACUCAAUUUAUUUACAAUUCAGGAACACACCUGAAAAUUAGAUAUGUGACGCCCUAUUCUAUAAAAAUUACUUUGUAAGAGACUUUAUUAUUGUCUAUUAUUGUCUCCUGAGUGUGUUAUCCAGCUCUACAGAGCAUAUUUAUAAACAUUUUAAAGGAGCGUACAAAUAUUAAACAGGGUAAGAAAUGCCCCAGAAAUCUCCUGUUCAGUACUCCACUAUUUACAUUUCAAAAUAUAUUUCUAUUUUUUCUUAGGCCUCAAGGUUGUUCACCUUAGGAAGAUCCACAUCCAGUGUACCAUGCACAAGUGAGAACCAGGUCUGAGAUACUGGUCCUGCUCCCAUCAGUUUACAUGUCAAAAUGAGAUGGUGGAAACGUUCGUUAGGAACUCAGAAGAGAAAACAAACAAAUCCUCCACAUUUAGUUGAUUUUACUCCCAAAAGGUUAUCUUUCCAUGUCUAUCUUACUGCUGGCUCAGAGAAUGGGAAAGUGUGUGCUAGCAUUUGAGCACUUACUCAAUGAGCCACAUCUGAAGUUAGCAAUCAUGCCUAUGGCACUACCUAGUCAGUUGUACAGAUGGUUAGUGUGCUUCCCAUAUGAGUACACAAGUGUUUAUAACGUACUAAAAGAUGCUGUACAUUUAAAAUGGGUGUAAUUUAAUUCUAAAAUAAUAGUGCAACCAUUUUAUACUCAAAGUACAAUUACAGCUCAAGGUAUAAGUGUUCUGCUUUGUCACAAAAUCAGACUCAAAACGGGUUUCUUUUGGAAAUAGUAUACUGAAAAUCCACCCAAUAUACUUAAAGAAAAUAUAUGCUGUAUUGGUUUAAAAUACCCUGUUGUCCAAAAAUAAGUAAUAUUUUGUCUAUGCCUGAACACUUAUUUAAAUAAUAGAAUUUAUAUGAAAGUAAUGAAAAGUAAGCUGUUAAUAACAUUCUGUAUUUCAAAUGAUGUACACUGUCUGCUAAGCAGGGUGAUUCUAGCGUUCCAGGGUGUGAAUUUACUCCAUGGCCACAUCCUUUAUAUACUGUGAGAUUAUUUCAUAAGCUUCUAGGUUCUUUUAUUUCCUUUUUCAAGUUCCAAAUAGCACUUGCCAAUAAAGGCUAAGCUUAUUCUAGAGACAAGAAUCAAAAGUAUUACAGUGUUUAGAGAGGGAAAUAGGUAUGAAUGAAAUGUGUCAAAGAGUAAGAAGGGCAACACUGAAGCUUGGCCUUUAACCACACAUGUAUUUGCUAGACGAGGCAGAGAUAGAAAAUCCACACUAUCUGGUGACCAGGAAGAAAUUGAAGGGACAUGGCAAGAGCUGGAAUGGGGUAAAUUGGGGCUAGAAUAUGACAGAGUGCUUACUCAAAGGUCUUAAACAGGAAGGCAAUGCCAGAUGUUUAGAGAGAAAAGAAAAAAACAACCCCAGCAAUAUGGGUGAUAUAUUAGAGAGAGGAGAGACUAGGUGCUUUUGCAAUAUUCUAGGCAAAAGAGCAUUUGACCAUAAGACAGCAAUAAAAAUAUAUAGGGCAGGAGCCUCACUAGAGAUAUUACAAAGGUAAGAGGAAGAAUUAGGGAAUGACUCCAAGAUUUCUUGGAUGGUACCCAAAUUGGAAAUAUAUUUCUGCUUGGAUCCCCUAAACUAAAUGUACCUACUCAGUGAGAGGCAGGGCAACCACAGCCCUCUCCCACACCUCGGGCCAGACCUGUUACAGUGGGCAAGGAGGUAAGUGAAAGAGAAGACAGGGCUAUGCAGAGCAGAGACCUUUCAUGCAAUAAUUCUGCAGUGGCAACAGGACUAAAUUUUAACUGAGAUGGAUUUGUCCCAUCUCCUCACAUGACCUUUUGUUCUAAUUCCAUGUCUCAGCUCAAAGUCUCAAUUUUCUCAUUAGUAAAACAGCUAACAACACUCACCUUAUCUACUUCACAGGGGUUGUUGUCAGGCUGCAAUGUAAUAGUAUAAAUAAGUGUCCUAAAAUCUUUAAUUCAGAAUACUGUAUAAGUGCUGUUAUUUCAGUACCUGGCCUUUUUUGAGGUUGGAAGAUGUUGAAAACAAAAAAUGUGUUUUGAAAUUCAAAUCUUAAGACUUGAAAAAAAUGGCUGGGAUGUAAGUACUUUUACAUAGAUAUAUAGGGUGCCCCCCCCCCAAAAAAAUGUAUAUAUAACCUUUGAAUAAUUAUAAAGGCAGUGUUUAUGAAAAUAAUUUCAUUUUCAAAAUUGCGCUAUCAGCUGUUAAAAUGUGUAUACAUAUAUUUGGGAUGCCCUGUAUUUAACGGGAUUUUAAAACUGAACAUUUUCCUGUGUUUUUAAAGUAUAAACCAUUUGAUUUAACAUAAACUAGUACCUCAUUACUAUUUGUCGAUAUGAACUAUAUUUUUAGGAAAAAUAAUUGCCUCUAAUCCAUAAUCAAUGUGACUGUUUCUAUUUCACUGUCAGCCACAUUUCUUCCAUUCCUUAAAUCAUACCUAAAUUUCUCACUCUAUUGAUCUGUAAGAUUCUCUAAUGUAAACAUCAUAACUCAUCAUAACUGAGACUUCAGUAAUGUCAUGUCUCUAUUUUACUUUUAAUUCUGCAUGAAAACAUAUCAGUAAAUAUAACAUUCUGUCAGAUAAAAACCAUACAAAUGUACUUGACCCUAACAGAGACUCACACUGGCCCACACAAAUUCAUUUAUCGGCCAAGUCACCAACCACCUGUUAACAUGCACUGACAAAACCUUCCCUUCUUCCUGAGACUUCUGUGAAACACUUGGUUUUCCAAGAUGACAUAGCAUCUGCUGACUGGGCCCUUUCUUGCACACCUUCAGAACUUUUAGAACACAGAUUGUAGGGGAAGAAUAGGAAGAGGGGAAAAGAAGAAUAUUUAAUGACAAAUUCCUAAGACGUAGUUGUUUCUGGGUAACAGGGUUAGGAUGAUUUCUUUUCCUCUUCUUCAAACAUCCUGUACUUUUCAAAUUUCCCACAGUAAGCAUGCACUACCCGUGGAAUUUAGGAAAUAAAGGAAAAGCAUUUUUACUAAUCAAUACAAAUUCCUUCUUCUAAGUUUGGAAAAGCAAAUUGAAAUCUGGUAUGUCUUGACUUUGAUGUGUCAUUAAUGAGGACUAAAGUACAGUGUUUUUCAAGAAGUUACUUUUAGGUAUACUAGUAUAAAUAUGGAUAAAGCUGCAAAU